AUGCUGAAAUGGUUUUGUUUCCCUCCCGAAUCCGGCCGCCUCCAAUCUCCCACCUUUUCUUCUUCAACCUUUUUGUCUUCAAUUUCAUCUGCAAUCGACAUCACCAUCACCGCUUUAGCAUCACCACCGAUCGACCUUGCUGUCACCGCUAAACCAACCUUGCAAAUUGAAGAACUUGGAUUCCUUAUGCCUACAGAGAUACAAAGACAAGCUCUACCAAUUCUACUCUCUGGCCAAGAUUGCAUUCUCCAUGCCCAGACAGGUUCAGGGAAAACUUUGGCAUACUUGUUACAGAUUUUUUCAGGAAUUGGGCAUCUUUUUCCUCCUUCCGUGUCAUCUUUUUCCUAUUUUGCCCCUUAUGUUGCUUUGGUGCUGAUGGUGCUGUCAAAACACAAUGACUUUCCUUUGGUUCCAUUAUUUAGUCAUCACCUGGAAAAGGCAAGGCUGCGGUUGUAAGCAUUGAUCCUUGUAGACAAUAUUUGACAAGUGAAGAUGAGGUUGGAUUCAAGGCUAUUAAACUAGAAAACAUGGGCCCAAAUGAGGAAGCGUAUGCCUUGUAUCAGUGCACUGUAAGUGUUGUAAAUAACAACGUAUUUUUCAGUUUGACCAAAUUUUUUAUUUUGUUGUAUAGAUGAUGUUUAUUGUAAUAUUUAUUUUUGGAAAAUGAUGUUUUUGUAAUGUGUUAAGCACUUAGUAAUGUAUUUGACAUUUUGUAGUUUAAUGUAAUGAAUUUUUAUUUCAUUUUGA